AUGGACUACGCAAAGCUUAAAACACGAAUAAAGGACAAACUUACAAAAGAGUACAAAAAGACCACCCACACAGAAACAUACAUAGAGACAGAGAAGGAGUACAAGAGAACGCGCGAGUCCAUAAAAGCCAUGGAGAUAGAGAUGCAGGCGCUUGUGCAAGCAUUUUCAUCAAGCACUUUGUACGACAACAUAGCAAGCAGCCUGGCGUCUGGGUUCGAGCUUGUUAAGGACAGCAUCAAGCGCCAAGGCAGGACAAGAAAUGAGGUUUCAAAGGAAGACUCUGACGUGUUUGGGAUAUUUGCAGGGUCGGCGCUAUCUCUGGCAAGCAACACAACAGGGGAGGCGUCUCGGCAAUUUGAAGGGCUUUCAUACGCGCUGAAAAAAGUCUCUGCCGCGAGAGUGCAGUUCAAAGAGGGGAUUGCGCGGGUUUUAGAGCUAAUCAAGGAACAGAAGGAUGUGGCAGUGGAGAUAGACGACAGCAGGCUGAAAAUCCUCGACAUACGGCAGAUAGUGGAGUCGGCAAGGUCCAAAGAGGAGGAGCAGAAGUUCACAAAGGACUUUGCAGAUGCCACGGCCAAGGUGUACGACGAGAUGAAAAACUACAUUUCAGCGCCCGAGCUGUCUGAAAUAUCUUUGGGAAUAGCCGGAGCACUGCGAGGAUUCUUUGGAGAUUCAUAUGAUGCAAUGGCCGAGAAUAUAACAGAUAAGUAA